AUGGCAGACACAAUAAGCAGAGCGCAAGCAGAGUCACUCAUUGAUCCGUUAAUGAAGCGCAUCAUCCAAGAAGAAUGGCAAGUUGCGUUGAAUGACGAACUCGAAUCCAAAUUGACCAAGGAGACGAUUGCGAUGCUGCCUCCAUCCACCAAAAUAUGGCUCGCUACAUGGGCAACACAGGCAGACAAACCGAUAAUUCUCUUGCGACUACGAAACUUCACUGAGCAUAAAUUAUCGCUUCCAGUUGAGACACUGCUGGACAACUUGUUUGAGCUGUCUGAGCACCCAGAGUUGCAUGAGGAGAUUGCGAGGCGGGAGAUGAAGGCAACCGCGGUAUCGCUUCGUCACUAUAUUCAACAACAAUCGAUGGUUAUAGAAGGUUUCACGAGCAGGAUAGAUUGCAUAGAGGGCCGGGUACUUGCUCUUGAAAAAGACGUGGAAGAGACACGUAACGACGUGGCUGCGCUUAAGAAGAUGAUGUCAGCCUUGAAAGAAGCAGUGAAAAACACAAGAGCCAACGACGUUGGUGAGAGACUCGCUUCUCUGGAUGUCAUCAAGCGUGCUGUGCAAGACGAAAUAAAGAAAUGUCAACAAGUCGUUCAGAAAGGCGCCACAAACGUACCCAUGAGGGGGCCUUUGGUAGCCAGGAUUGCAAUUAAGAGAUUGAAACCAGACGAACCGGCACCAGAUUGUAAGUAA